UUGAAAGCGAGCAUAGGGAUGAGGAACACUACAUCCUACAACAUCUGACUUUCCUGCCCACCUUGACAGGCAAGGGAGAGCUCACAGAAAAGCAGAUAGAGGAAGACAGCCAGACUCAUCCCUUCAGAGAAGCAUGUCCUUUAUUACUCGUCCUGGCAUGGCUCUACUCAAACUGGGAAAUAUUUGGGCUACCAGGUCACUCACUCUUAUGGCAGCAACAAGAGCAGCUAACGUGUGAAGCUACUGAGGAUGGAGCUCCUGUUCCAGUGUCCCACACUGUGAAAAAGAGAGGGGAAAUAUAUACACCUGACUACCUCCUUCCCUCUGGAAACCUUUGACCUUGUCGUGAUUACUGUGUACUGCUGUCUACCUGCCUGGUCUCCUGGAGCUAUAUCGUGGGAGUGUGAUUUACUCAGGUGGAAACAAGCGGUUGUGGACUCUGCAGGGGUCAGAAAAACUUCUGUUUAAUAGCGAGGAGGGAAUGCCAGUCCUGACCUGUCACACUGAGGGAGAUACAUUUGUUCUUGUGGUUCGCAAAGUCUUGGAAUAAACAAUGAAAAGUGAGGACUUUUGGAAGGAUGGGACAUGGUGUCAUCCCUAAUCGUUUCUGUAAGGUCUGUUUGACCAACACAAAGGACAAAAGGCUGAAGACAAGCCUGAACACAACACAGCUUUCAUGUCAGGACCACGUGGAUAUUACAAUGCACAAACCCUUCACACACUCUGAAAAGGAAGAGCAGAGUGUUUCCAUCUCCCACUGAAAUCUGAGGACGCGAGGGAAAGCGGUAUGAGCUGUUUUGACGGUGUUUAAUCAACCGUACAGAGAGGUGUUUGAGGAAACCGGGGUGUCCUGACUUGUUCAGUCUUUGCCAUGCUGGGGCUGAGGAAAGCCUUAGCUGAUGCAUUCGUUAAAUAUUUGCUCUUUUAAAAAAAAGGCCCUGAACGGAGCAGGUACAUAACAGAAUGGCGUUGAAGGAGCAAAGGACACUGUUGAGAUAAAGAGGCGUUGGAGUAUGGUUGACAUCCUUCCAACAAAUCAACGCUUUGGUUGCAUUUGCUACACAAGCUCCUAACAAGGACAGUGAACACAAGCGAGGGGAGAAUGCAUACCCCUCCUGUGCUGGGAUACCAGGCCAUCAUGAGCAACGUCACUGUCCUCGAUAACGUUGAACCUCUUGACUUUGAAAUGGACUUGGACACUCCUUACCCUGUCAGCUUCCAGGUGUCUAUAACAGGUUUCCUCAUGUUGGAGAUCGUACUGGGUCUCAGUAGCAACCUGACUGUGCUGGCUCUCUAUUGUAUGAAGUCAAACCUGGUGAGCUCUGUCAGCAACAUCGUAACCAUGAACCUUCAUGUGCUGGACGUCCUGGUGUGUGUGGGCUGCAUCCCAUUCACAAUUGUGGUGGUGCUAUUGCCACUGGAAGGCAACAGUGCACUCAUCUGCUGCUUCCAUGAGGCUUGUGUGUCUUUUGCUAGCGUGGCUACUGCUGCCAAUGUCCUGGCCAUCACACUAGACCGCUAUGACAUCUCAGUUCGGCCUGCAAAUCGAGUUCUGACAAUGGGACGAGCGGUGGCCUUAUUAGGGUCCAUUUGGGCUUUAUCAUUCCUUAGCUUUCUGGUACCCUUCAUAGAAGAGGGUUUCUUUAGCCAGCCAGGUAAUGAAAGGAAUCAGACAGAAGGGGAGGAGACUUCAAACCAAUACUCCACUGAAUUAGGCCUCUACUAUCACCUGUUGGCACAGAUCCCAAUCUUCAUCUUCACUGCUGUGGUCAUGUUGGUUACUUACUACAAGAUUCUGCAGGCGCUCAACAUCCGCAUUGGCACACGUUUCCAUUCGGUGCCAAAGAAGAAACCGAAGAAGAAAAAGACCAUCUCCAUGACUUCCACCCAACCAGAGUCGACGGAUGCUUCACAGAGCAGUGCAGGCAGGAAUCCACCACUGGCCAUGCGUACCUCCGUAUCCGUGAUCAUAGCCCUCCGCAGGGCAGUCAAACGGCACAGGGAACGCCGUGAACGACAAAAGAGGGUUUUCCGAAUGUCGCUUCUUAUCAUCUCCACCUUCCUGCUUUGUUGGACACCUAUUACCGUGCUAAAUACAGUAAUCCUGAGUGCAGGGCCAAGCAACUUCACUGUGCGUCUCAGACUGGGCUUCCUGGUCAUGGCUUAUGGAACCACCAUUUUUCACCCGCUGCUCUAUGCCUUCACUCGGCAGAAAUUUCAGAAGGUCCUAAAGAGUAAAAUGAAGAAGCGUGUUGUGUCAGUUGUAGAGGCGGAGCCUAUCCCCAACAACGUGGUCAUCCACAACUCAUGGAUUGACCCAAAACGGAACAAAAAGGUGACUUUCGAGGAGACAGAGGUCAGGCAAAAAUGCCUCUCUUCAGAGGAUGUGUAAUGAGCUACUGUGCCAAUUUAAGGCAAAAAUACUGAUCAGGUACAGUAUCAUUAAAAAGGGAAACCACUAAUCCAAAGCAGCAAUGAAUUUAAGUGUAUUAAUUGUACAGUACCUCAAGAGAAAUAAUUUAUUAUUAUUUAUUGUAAUGUUGACUAUUGUAGAUGUCUUGGAUGAUAAAGUGUAAAUACUGCAUGUGCUUUAUUGAAGUGAUCCUAGAGACUGUACAUACAUACCCAAGUCAAGUAUAAACCACCAAUGUAAAAAAGUAGAAACUGAUGCUCAUGGGUUUAUUUAAUUGCAUUAAAUACUCCAAAAAAAGAGCUGAAGAUUUUUUUGCCAUCAAGAAGAACCCUACACAACUGUGAUAAUUACGUGCCAUAGUUUUUUUUUUUGACUCUGUAGAGAAAGUGGUUAUAUGUCUUUGUUCUCUUUGCGCUGCAACCACCUUAAUUUUUACAGGUGCAAAAUAUAAGAUAAACACUGUUAACAAUUCACGCUAUGAGUUUCAUUAAGUGGAUAUUACCUGCCCUCUACCCUGCAAUAAAAGGAAAAAGAUGGCUAUAUUACUCAGGUCAACAAGUAACAGGGUGCUCUUACAAAGCAAAGUCUGCUUCCUUUCAAAAUCAGUUGCAUGGCCAGUUGGCAUAAAAUCAUAUCUUUUUAUGGGGAUGAGGGAAGUGGUACACUGCAUAUCGUCCAAUAAAGCUGCUGGGGAAUGAAGUGGAUGUGGAGUGUCAAUGAAAAGGUGUUGAUUGUAAAUACUUGACCUUUUUAGACACACCAAGCUGAUGGUGUUUGAUUAUGGGUUGGACUUGAUUAGAGGGUGAUAACUGUAUCUUUUGGCAGGCUAGAAAAAAAUAAUCACCUCUUGCACUGCAGCAACAAAAGGUCACAUACUGUUCGGUAUAAGGGGCGAAGUCAUGCCACUGAAUGGGUUUAACUGAUCAAUUUCAGAAAUGGAUGCAAAUUGUGUUGGAUGAUGACUUGCAUAAAUAAAUAACUUGUCAGGUAUCCAAAGCGCAUCUCAGUUGGGUAGGCUUUAAACUUGAUUGAAAACCCAUCUGACAGUUCAUUACUGACUGUUGCAGUGUUUGGAAAUAAACAUGACUAAUGUUCAGCUCGUAUCAUCAAGUGACUGUUCAACAAUCAUACGUUCUUGAGUUUAUCUACAGAUAGAUAAAGGGUCAGAGCCACAGCAGCUGAUCCGUAUUUAGAGCUCACACACGGUGUUGAACAAGAGAAAGUGAGAGAAGAAGAGCAUGAUUGAUGCAUGUCUUUUAUGAAGUAUACUAGGUCUCUCAAAACAGUGAGUUACUGUAAUAAAACAUGCACAAUGUGAGAAAAUCUGUCCAUCUGUUAAUGCUGUACACGAGUCCCAGUUAUCCCAGUGCUAUGCUUUAAAAUCAAGGGCAAAAUGGUAACUUUUAGCUGUGAUGUACUCCCAGAUAACUCUUAAGAAGUCACAUGGCAAAUUCGAAUAGUCCUUAAAGCCAUCCUCGUAUGUAACGGAUCAUACAGAAGCCUGUGCAGCUGUUACCCUUUGAUGACUGACCGAAGGUUCGGGGCUGGCCGUGAAUGGAGGCUUUAUUAUUUUGCUGUAAACAAGCUGUAUAGAGAGGCAUAUAGGGAAAAAACUUCUGCCAGUAAAAAAACAAAUAAAAAGGCCUACCAAAAUUUGGCCGGCUCUGCUUACAAGCCUGAAAACACCCAGUCAAGUACUGCUUCAUUGUUAAUGCCAAUAAAAAGAGGUUACGAAUGCUGAACUGCCUGGUAUUGCUACUACUACAUGUACCUUGAUUUAGCUUUUUUGUUUGUUUUACACAACACCAACUACAACACCCCUAAAAAUAAAGGAUCAAAUCUUCUUUGAGCAGUACUCAAGAGUCAAAUGUUCUCUUUGCCUGUCCCCAUAUCCACAGCCAAACCACAAAGAGGAUAAAGCAUACCGCUGUUAACUGGAGCAUCCUUACCUUUCCACUGUCCGUUUUCAUUCACUCAGUCUAUUCCUCUUGCCUUGCAACAUCCACAUGUCACUCAUAUAUUCCCAAAGGAGUGAGUCAUUGAGUCCAAGUAGUUCAGGUGGUGUAGAAAACAAACAGAAUUAAAUCCCCUGCACUGAAUGUUAGGUACAGCUAUAUCUGUCCACUAUUCUGAAAGCCAUUUGCUUUGUAAAUAGACAAAUUUAGUCAAGGAACCAUGGGAGUUUUAGAUGAGUGAUCAGUAAUAGAAUACUGUACAUAUAAAAUAUUAUUUAAAUAUAUGAGGUAACAAGAUGGGAUAUGCAAGUACAUUUACUCGCAUAUAGAUUUAUAACGGUCUGCCAAACAGACAGACUUUUCUUCCUGUCAGUCCUCGGCUCUUGACAUUUAUCUGACUUCGAUUUACUCUCCCCAAUAACAGCCUGAUUCCUUCAGUUUGUCCAUGUUUUCUCACUCCAAUCGUCUCAUUACAGCAGACACACGUGUCCUCCACCAAUCAAAACACCUUCACCUCUUCCUCUGCAUUAGUCAAUCUUCUCCUUAAGCCAUUUAGAGUUCAACUAUUCAUCAGUGCAUCUGGCUGACCAUCCAAACCUUACAUCGCUGGGAAGGGAUUCAUAAAUCAUGUUAGCAAGAUGGUGAGCUGUCAUUAUUGUGUUACUAAGGAUCGCAAUAAUUCAAUCUAUUUCAGGCUUGUGUACGCAGUGAGAUAAACCAUGAAAAUAACAAAUGGCUUAUAAAGUUAAUGACAAAGAAGAUUUGAGUCUUUUGAUUUAAUGCCACAAUGGUAAGUUGGAUAGUAAAAAAAAAGGUAUAUGGGUCAAAGACGAAAAAGUGUUUAAGCAUUAAAAAAAAAAGUGUAAUACUGCUUUAAACUGUUGUAGUUUUCCCCCCAAAAAUGCAAAAAGUUUUCUGUUUUAUUUAAUUUCAAUUUUGUUUUUGUUUUUCUGAGCAAAAAAUAAAUAGCAUACAUUUUCCCCUGAUUUACAGAAGACACCCAGUAAAAUGUCAUUCAGUGUAACAAUCUUGUCAGGCAUAUUUACAACAAAAAUCUAUUUAUGACAUAUUAAAAGACUAAUUACUUUCACCCCAAAUACUAAUGAGUUGUAAUU